AUGGCUGCGCUGCCRCGGCUGCUGCGGGCGGCCGCGCUCGCCCUGCUGCUCUGGGCUGGUUUUUGCUCCGCGGUGUGUGUUGAAGUUCCUUCGGAGACAGAGGCUGUCCAAGGGAACCCCAUGAAGCUGCUCUGCAUCUCCUGCAUGAAGAGGGAAGAGGUCACGGCCAGCACYGUGGUGGAGUGGUUCUACAGGCCGCCCGAGGGCGGGAAGGAUGAGCCUAUCUACGAGUACAGGAAGACAAAUCAUGAAUUUCCAAGUCGCUUCAGUGGCCGCCUACAGUGGAACGGGAGUAAAGAUAUGCAGGACGUAUCCAUCACUGUGUUAAACGUGACCCUGAAUGAUUCGGGUAUCUACACCUGCAAUAUCACCCGGGAGUUUGAGUUUGAGAUUCACCGGCCUCUCUUCACAAGCUCCAGACUGAUCCAUCUCACCGUGGUGGAGGAGGCUGGCGAAGACUUCACUUCGGUCAUCUCUGAAAUUAUGAUGUACAUUCUUCUGGUUUUCCUCACCUUGUGGCUACUGAUCGAAAUGGUCUAUUGCUACCGGAAAGUCUCUAAGGCAGAGGAGGCUGCCCAGGAAAGCGCGACAGACUACCUUGCAAUUCCAUCAGAAAACAAGGAAAACUGCGCUGUGCCUGUGGAGGAAUAGCAAAGAGGAGACAGGGGAACAAAUGGCAGCAGGGGACUUUGAAGACAGAAGGACCACAUCAUGCCAGUCAGGUUUGGGAGAACUCUGUGCUGUCGGGAGGAAGUACGGGGAAGUGUGAAUUCUCUUCCAUUUGCCUUGGACUCGGUACAACCUUGACUCUGGCUUCCUGACUCCAUUCUGAGCUGUUGUCCCACUUGCUAAAGGACUCUUCUUUGAAGUGUGCUGAGCAAAGGGUGCAGGGGUGUGGGCAGCACAGCUCCUUCCCAAGUUUCACUCCCACCGUCACAUUAAUGGCUUUGUAAAUAUUAGUGUCAUUUCUUAUCUGCUGUGACUAUCACCAUUUGGUUUUGCAAAAUAUGCUCUCAUUUCUCCAUUGCAGAGGUAAAGGCUGUGUCACAUUAACCUGCAGGACUGGAACUCGCGUCAUUUUGCAGUGAUGCUCCAUUUUUGUUACAGCCCACGCAGCCACUAUAGGUGUUAAACAGGAAAAAAUUAGUUAGCUGGUUGCUGCUUGGUAAGUUGCUGUGGCCUUUAAGCUGCCAGUGCAGGUAUAGAGGGUAGCAUGAGGGGGUAUAAUGCAUCAGAAAUCUGGCAAAUGUGUAACAAAAAGGAUAAGUCCCUGUGCAAAGUCCAGAUUCGCUUCUAAAGAAGCGAAUUGAGAAUCAAAAUCCUUAAUCUCAAUUCUAAUCUGGCAGCCUGUAUAAGAAUCCCUUAUAUUCUCCCUUUCACUUAGCAAAAGUCAAAAUUUUCACUUGCUUCCAUUUACCUUGUAUAGCAGAUUUCUCCUCAAGGACACAGAGACCCCCGUGACAGGACAAACUGGUGUUCUGGACAGCAGGCAGCGUGGUGGGACGAGCUAUGCAGUGAGCUUGUGUGGGCAGAGCCCUGAAAGCAGGACAGCCUGAGGCACACAGGCAACCAAAUUAAACUGCCCUCGGUGGGGAAAGGACAGAGGGCUUUGCAGGUAACAGUCUUGUAACCCUGGCAGUUUGUACCAUAGAGUAGCACCACCCAGAGGCAUAAGCAGGAAAUUCUUAUUCUUUAGUAGUGAUUAUUCCUUGUGGUAAUCAAGUCUGUAGUUUGAAUAGGCCGGUGUUCAUCUGUUGCACAGGAAAAUUCAGCGUUUCCUGAAUGCAGCAGGUAAAGCCAAGUAAAAUUUGAUCUUUGGCCUCUGGAGACAACCAAUAUAGGUGGGUGGAGCUCAGYACUAGGAUUAUGUGGAGAAAGGCAGCAGCAUUAGCAUGGAAUGGAACUGUACCUUAAUACAAAAUGGGAGAUGAUGAAAUUUUUUUUUUUUCCAUAUAGUGCAUAUUGUUACCUACCUGCUGCAAUGGAGCCACUCCUGCUUGCAAAACUUUGAAAACUUUGCAACACCAUUUGCUUUCACAUGGUUACAAAUGCUUGUGAAUCUAGGCAUACUUCCCACCUAUGGCAUUUCUUUUCUUGUUCUGCUGCACUUUAUGUGUUCCUAAAAUUGCAGGAAUUAAUCCAAUUUUAUGUCAGGCCACAUUUCAGAAUUUCUUUUUGGAGUGAGCGUUAACCUUAGUAAACUACCACAAUCUCAGUCUUUGCAGUAGGGUGCCUCUCAAAUGCAGAGCAAAGUCUGGCAGUGUGAGCACAUUUUCCAGGUGAAGCACAUUUGUAAUCUGGCUACUGGUUCCUUAAAACUUAAUAUCCAAAAGGGGAAAAUUCAGUUCCUCUUCUGACUCUGCUGGGUGUCUUCACUUCUCCUGGGCCUCUGGCAGUUUGGGACAUACUCCUUACUCCAGAUCCAUGGCAGCAGAGGAGGGAACACAUGGUAACUGCAGGGAUUCCAUCGCUGACCUGAUACCUGGGGUGGAUUUUAGGUAAGGUCACGUAACCUCUCUCCUACUUGGGCUCUGCUUCCUCUCGAUCCUGCUGAGGGACUGGUAAYGCUCUGAUGCCGCAGCACGAGGUGCAUUAACUGAAAACAUUUGGAGAUGCAUCUCAGGAGGUAAGGAGAGUCGCCCUUGAGGCCUGCAUUCCAGUCCC